UAGUCAACUUUGAUUCAUUCAUUAUGUUAUUAUUAUCAUAAAAAAAUUAUUAGUUUCUUUUUUUCCAAUAUAUUUUUUGUUUGUUUGUUUCGAGAAAAAACUUGUGCAAAUUUUAAUCGAAUAAUGACGAAUCGAUAUCAAUCAUCAUCAUCAUCAUCAUUUCAUCAAAUAAUAAUUUGGUUAUUAUGUUGUUAUACAAUUAUUAUACCAGUGAGAUUAAAUCCAUUAAUUAAUGAUGAUAAUCAUAAUUUAUCAACAACAAUUAAUGAUGAACAACAACAACAACAAAAUGUUGAUGUGAUUAUAUCGUCAGGUGAUUCAUCAUCAAACGAUGAUAAACAACAACAACAACAAUUAAAUCCAAUAGCACAAUUUAAUGAUCGAAGACGUGAUAUGUUUUUCGAAGAUUAUAGUAUUAAACAGAUUCAAGUUGUCGAUACGAUUGCAAACAAUACCAUUAAUGGUAAUGGUGGCGGUUUAAUCAAUAUUAAUAAAUAUAAAUCAAAUAAGAAAAAAAUAACACAAUUACCGCUUGCUGAAUUAUCUAUUUCAACUGCAUCGACAAUUGAAAUAAUGAAUAAUCAAUCUACGACGACAACUACUACAACAACAACAACAACACCGAUACCAAUUGAAUUGAAUUUUCAAUUAAAACCACAACGGCCAAAUAUUUUGUUACCAAAAUUAGAACAAACCGGACGGCCAUCAUGUCUUACAACACCUGAUGAUACAUUUUGUGAAAAUGUUGAUAAUUAUCCCAAAAGCAUCAUCAAACAAGAAGUGGAUUUUUCUGUUGAUCAAUUUGCCGAAAUUUUUGGCAAUAAAGAAAUCGAUGGCCGUACAAUAAUGGAUGUUGAAAAUGAUGAAAGUGUUUGUGGAAAAACACCAAGAGUUAUUUAUCCAAAAAUGGCUAAAAAUCAAGCAAAUCAAUGGAUUUAUGUGGUUAAUGAAGUCGAAUAUACACAGGCAGUUGUAGCCGAAAUUUGUCAACGACCGGGAAAACCAUGUGCAUAUAUGGAUAGUUUACCAAUGGGAAUGUCAUCAAUGUGUAAACAAAAAUAUUCAUAUAAACGUUUAUUAGCAUUACAUCCAACAGAAAAACGUACAUAUCCGGAUGCAUUUCGUUUUCCAUCAUGUUGUUCAUGUUAUAUAAAAACUAUUGAUGAUUUUAUGGCAAGAAGUAAUUUUCGUAAAAUUGAUAAACCAAUUACUGUUGUCGAUACAAUCGAACCGAAAUUAUCAUCAUCACCAGAAUCAUCAUCAUCAUCGAUUAUUAUUAUGGAUGAUAAUAAUAAUGAACAAUCAAUUCUAAAUAUAACAAUGGAUAAUAUAAAUAUUUCCGAUUUAGAUUUACAUAAAUUUGAAACAAUAAUAAUGACAUCAUCACCUCUACCAACAACAACCAUAAUGACACCCGUACAAAAUCAAACAUUCAUGAUCAAUUAA